UCUUAAAUACGUCAGUCAUCUCUUCUCAAUUCAUGCCGAACAACGUUUCAGUUUUAGACGUCAACAAGAUCAGUAUUUUUAUAUGGAAAAGUCAUGAAUUUUUCAAUUUUAUUCAUAUUUAUAACGGCAUUUAUUGUAAAAGGAGAAAAAAAAGAUGGAUAUUGUCAUCAAUAUUGUUAUAGUUUUGAUUAUGUGCGUUCACAAACCUCAUUUUUCUCGACAAAAACACCGUAUUUCACAAUGAGACGCAAAGAAAUUGGCAAACAAUUUCAAGUGGCAAAUUGUGAUCCAGUUAAAAUUUGGCUGUAUAUCCGUCACGGAGCACGCUUACCAAAAGCUAAAGAAAUGGAUCGACUUAGUCAAUUGGAAAAUUUGAGAACUGAAAUUAUUGCAAAUUACAAAAAAAGCAAUUCCACGAUUGCAUUCGGUGCAAUGUGUGAAGCUGACUUGGAUUUAUUGAGAGAAUGGCAAUGGAAUUGGAAUAUAACGAAAGAGUAUGACGAACACCUUACGACACAAGGGUGGAAUGACAUCAAAUUGAUCGCGGCACGAUAUCGCCAAUUUCUUCCAAAUAUUUUUGAAGAUAAUUAUAACAAACAAAAAUAUUUAUUCCGUUAUACAGACGUUCAACGUACCGAAGCAAGUUUUAAAGCUUUUGUCGAAGGUCUUUUCGGUUCAAAUGCACAUCAAUAUAUCAACGUGCCACCUCAAAGUGAGAAUGUUAAAUUGCUCAAACCAUACAAAUUUUGUGCAUCAAACGAAGAGAAAAUCACCGGCAAUCAAUCAGAAUAUCGAAAAUAUUUGAGAUCAAAUAUCAUGACGCAACUGGCGAUUGACGUUUCGGAACGACUUGGAUUUGGAUGUCCCCUAAAAAUCACACAAAUUCUCGACGUGUAUGACAUGUGCAUAUACGAACAUGCAUGGAAUCCGAAAGCCACGAGUGCAUGGUGUUCAGCAUUUACACCAUCGCAAAUUCACGAACUUGAAUAUAUAGAGGAACUUCGAAAAUACUAUGAAAGCGGCUAUGGAAUUAAGACAAAUGAACGAUUGGUAUGUAGUUUGGUAAACGACAUGUUAAAUCAUAUUGGAAAUAAUGAUGAACCAAAGGCGGUGGUAUAUGUCACACAUUCAUCCAGUUUACUCUUGUUACUGACUGCUCUCAAGGCAUUCAGCGACGCUGAUUCACUUCGGGCCAGUAACUAUUACAGCAUGUCUACACGAAAAUGGCGUUUAAGCAAUAUUGCUCCACUAGCCGCCAAUUUCGCCGCUGUGAAAUAUAAUUGCCCAAAUGACAUUGAACAGGAAAAGGUUCGAUUUUUCUUAAAUGAAGAUCUAAUCGAGUUUGACUGGUGCGAUAAAGGUUUGUGCAAUUGGAGUGAUGUGAAGAAAGAGUACGACGAUUAUAUACAAGCAAGUUGUGAUGAAUACUAUUGUAGUUCUAGUAAUACGCGGGAAUCUCAAAGUGGUUAUAUGUUUAGCAUAGCUCUACUUAUAUUGGCUUUCAUUUCCUGCCUUUUUGUUAGCUUUUCUGUGUAAUAAAUCGUUGAAUUAA